UUGUGGAAGUGUUCCGCAGGCACUGCAACGACGCGCACGACAAAACGAUUACAGCAAGUGUCCACUGGGUGAUUGCAGUUUCCUACAAAAUAACACAAGAUGUUCUGCUUGUGUACAUUCCUCAUCCUGCUAGUUACAUUCGCAAACCACAGGGCAGGUGCUGCAAGCACGACACGUGAAAGCUGCACCGGCGAGUGUACGAUGUACUACCUAUGCAAGAACAAUAAGAUCGUGACGAACGGUGCCGGAGCGAUUGGUAUACGCGUCGGCGUCAACGAACCGGAAUGUUCUAACCCGAUGCAUGUUUGCUGUGAGAAAAGAUCUAAGCUCGAUGUUCCUUCACCGGGCGCCAGUAAACCAAGUGACAGUAAAUUUGUACUCGAUGCUCCUUCACCGGUCACCAGCAAACCAAGCGACAGUAAAUUUGUACACGAUGUUCCUUCACCGGGCGCUAGCGAACCAAGUGACAGUAAAUUUGUACACGAUGUUCCUUCACCGGGCGCCAGCAAACCAAGUGAUAGAAAAUUUGUACACGAUGUUCCUUCACCGGGCGCCAGCAAACCAAGUUUGCUUGACGUUUUUUCACUAGACGAUAGCGAAUCAAGUGACAGUGAAGAAGAAAGCUGUGGUACUCGUAAUGACCAUGGCAUUGGUUUCGAUGCUACACAUUUUCCAUGGUUGGUGAGCGUCUUCCACGAGGAACACGCUCCCGAUAGCUUUUCCCUCGUAUGCGGAGCCUCGUUGAUCACCCCGCACACUGUCCUAACAGCGGGCCGCUGCGUGUUCAACAUGCCCAAGGAGAAACUGUUGCUUCGCGCCGGCGAAUGGACCUCCCAGGAUAAAGAACUUCGGCAGUACCAGGAGCGCCGAGUAGCUGACAUAAUGACAUAUGAAGAAUACAAUGACCGCACAUUUUCUAAUAAUGUGGCCCUGCUGAACCUUACCGAACCGUUCCAGCGGACAGGGAACGUGCAACCGAUCUGCCUUCCUCCAAUACCAGCAUCGAUUGAUGCUUACCGAUGUUUCACUGUAGCUUUUGAUGAGCAUCUGUCCUAUAAGCAUGGCAGCGUACAAUUGAAUGUGAAUAUGGCACAUAUUCCGGUAAUGCUAUUUGGUUUCUGCAGACAUUCGGGGCCAGGACCGUCAAGCUAUCUGUGUGCUAGAGGCAAUCUUGGACCAAAUGUAUGUCGUGCGAUUACUGGAACGCCACUCGUGUGUCCUAUGCCCGGCUCGCCAAACCACUACUAUCAGGCAGGCAUUGUUUCUUGGGGCGUCGGGUGCGAUACGGACGGUGUUCCUAGUGUGUACGGCAAUGUGGCGUCGUUCCGCUACUGGAUCGAGCAGGCGUUGUAUGAGCUGAACCCCAAACCCAUACCGAAAGAAAUGUUCCGUUAUUUCUAAAGUCCGGCCUGUGGUCGCAAGCAACCCUAAAGUUCACUGUUGAAAUACACUGCCGCGAGCUUCUACAGCCGCACCGCUCAAUAUUCGUGUUUUAACUAGAUCUUGAAAAGAUAUCAAUCGUAUGGUAUGUGUGUGUGUGCGUGUGGCUGUAAAAAAUUUGCACAUUUUUAUUAAUAUCUACCGUGCAUGUAGCUGAAACAUUCAUUAAUUGAUGUUAUUUUGACCGCCUAUUUUCUAUACCGCACUUCAAAAAAACUACAGCAGAUAGUUGAUUGUGCUCAUCUUUCAUAAACUUUUUCUAUUAAUUUAUCUAUUUUUACGGGGUUUUCCAAUUGAAUAAAUAACGUUUGCCAUUGAUCUCCACA